UCAGCAAAACCCUUAACUGCAUCAAAGUCUCAACUAAACAACAUCUUUAGUACUAAAAUCCCGAUUCCACCUAGAAAUCAAACUCCAAAGUCUGGUAUACAAGCAAAACCAAAGACAAGAUUUCAAAGCAUUUACCAGAGUGGAUCUGACUCUGAAGACGAAAAUCAUGAUUGUCUUAUAGCUAAUCCUGAGGAGAUUCGAGCCUCAAAGGCUCAAAAUAAUUCUGGCUUUUUGCAAAUGUCGAGUAAAUCGCGAUCUGUACCAACAGGUGCAUGUUUAUCAUUUAAACAGCGGUCAAGGAAGAAUAUUACUUUGCUUAAAGACGUCGAAACUGAUGAAUCUGAGAGCAAUGAUUCCUCCGAUGGAAUUCUGCAGUCACCUACAAAAUCGAUGGACUCAGCGAGAAAUACAAGAAAAGAACUUCAUUUGACACCUCCUUCACCACUAGUCCAUAACGCUUCAGGUAACCGAAAAAGGCGUGCAUCGUCUACUACACGCGCUGAAGACGGAUUGAAUUCGAUUGUGAGCCCAGGAACUCCAAAAACUUCACGAUCAAUGAUGGUACACCCUGCUAAGAUGCCAAAAAUGCUGGGACCACAAAACCAGUUGUCAUCUAGUCAUUAUGCUGAUAAUGAACGUCGAAUCCUGAACUCCCUUCGAGAUUACUUUGAUCAGCAAUUAGAUGAAAAGCUCGAAAAUUUAAGACGCAGGAUGGCUUACGAUUUAAAGCAGUCUAUGAAUGAGCUCAAGACCACAAUCAUUGGCACUAAUCUAGCCCCAGCUUCUGGUCCUAGCUUGCUUGAAAUACAGAAGCAGAUGUCUACGCCACUACCAUUUGAAAUGGAUGAUAAGUUCCAGGAAUACGAAGCGAUAUUGACAACGGACCCAAAUCUCGUAGAAACACUGCGAUUAUUCAUGAGAGUUUUGAUAAGCAAUAAAAAAGAGAUGAAAAUAUGUGUUUCCACUAUCCUAUCUGCGGUUCUGAGGAAGACAGUGUCACUGCACUAUUCUGGUUACGGAAAGGAAGCUGGCGGAAAGAAAAAGAAAAAUUUUUAUAACACUACAGUAUGCAAAGUGCUGAUUGAUGUGAUAAUUGAGGUAAUAGGAUCCAGCACUGAUGAGAAGAAGAUAAUGUCAGAAGUAAGUACUUGGUUGUCACGUUCUGGCGAUCGAGAGGGUGGGGGUAAGGAACGACAACGCGGGUCAAGUCAUCAUAACGAGAAUAAUUCAGUUUGUUCCUUUGAUACCAAUCGAUAAUACUUCAUUUUUCCGGGAUAAAUGGAAUUGUAAAAUCACUGUGUUAAUAUGACUCCAUUAAUUCAUUUUCGUAAUUGUAUUAGUUGUGAUAUUCUUGAUAAAAGGUACGAUUAAUAGGAAAAGUUUAUAUUAUCAAUAUAUUUUUAUCGCGAGGCGUUUCAUUGGGCAGAAUAUAUAUUAAUAUAUGAAUAUUGUUUAGUAUUCGGCUGUCAUUGAAGUAUUAAUUAUAUUUAUUAUAUUUCUCCUGGCGAGGUCGGAAAUCCAGAAGAUGGAAAUAACAAUUGGAAAAUGUGAUGUAUCUUAGCAUAAUAAAGUAUUUUCUAUGUCAUUUCCUCAUAAGUUAGAUCACGGGAAUAAAUAUCCGUUGUUGGUUCAGGGAUUAAAUAUUAUGUCCAAAAGUUUAAAGGGAAAAAUAAUAAGUGGAUUUUUAAUUUUUAAGAAAAAUUCUAAUGAAAGUAAUUUCAGCCAUUGAGAGCUGUUUUCAGUAUUUGGUGAUUCAAGUCAAAUAAUAUUUAUAAGGUUGAAGUUUCACAAUCGGACUGCGUCCAUAUUCCCCAAAGAUUUCAAAUUUAAGGGUUGAAAUUAAUUAGUUAUAUGUAAUCCUAUCCAAGACUUUUUUAUAUUUCUAAGUUUGUUUGAAAGAGUGAAUAUAAUAAGCAAUAUUAUAUAGAACUAGCACACAAUCAAUGCAACUAAAUAUCAUUCUAUGUUCCGGAGUUGCAGAUGGAGAAGACAUUAUUGUAAAAAAAGGACGUCUUUCCGAGAUGAAAAAAUAAUUCUUAUCAGGAUAAUUCGUAUCAGCAAUUGUCUAUGGAUAUAAGAAUUAAUUCUUAUCAUCCAUAGCGGAAUAAAUUAUCCAUAAUAUUGCUAUUAUAAUGACUGUUUUCAUGCUUGAAUUGAAGCACGAUAAUUUAUCAAUUCUAAACUACUAAUUUAAAAAAUAACAUUGGUGCGUUAUUUUGUUGGAUAUUUUGUUAAUACAAUCUUCGAAUUCUGAAGACUGACUGCUAAUAUUAUUAGAUUGUAAGAGAGAGUUUAUUAAGACUUAAUAUGGUAUGU